CCAGUUUCAAUGUUGUUGGUUGGGUCCAGCAGCACGCAAAUGUAAGCUCAGUCCUUGAGCCUUCAGCAUUCUCCCCGAAUCAAGGUCGAAAGAACGAGAUGGAACGCGCCGUGCAAGUCAAAUGCGAGCCGUCGGACGCCACCGACCUGCUUACACGCACGCCUCAUCAGCCUGAGCCUACCGGAUCGGGGCUUGAGGCGGUCAGCAUCAAGGCUGAGAUCAGCCAAGAGCCGCCUGCCAGCAGUCUGGAAAAUGCUGCAUUUUCCCCCAGCCCCGACCAAGAACACCAAGAACCCGAUGCCCUCGAGCAGUGGGCCAAAAACACGUCGCCCGACUUUCUCGAGCGUGGCGUUAGCCUGGGCAUGCACGUCCUUGAGACCAUCAAGUUUCCUCUGGCUGCCGCUGCAUCCAUCCCCGCAUGCAGCACCCAGGCUUCUUCAUGGCUCGACACCAUCACCCAGCUCGAAUCUCGUGCUCAGCCUUUCAAGGCCAUCGUCGGCGUCGUAGGCAACACCGGCGCCGGGAAGAGCUCCGUCAUCAAUGCGCUGCUUGACGAGGAGAGGCUGCUCCCAACAAAUUGUCUCCGGGCCUGCACUGCCUCGCCGACUGAGAUCUCGUACAACCGGAGUGACGACCCGGACGAGCUGUUCCGGGCCGAGAUUGAGUUCAUCGCCGCCGAGGACUGGAUCAAGGAGCUGGCCACCCUCUUCACGGACUUGUUGGACGAUGGCAAGAUUUCUCGUGAUUGUAACAACCCGGAAACAGAGGCCGGCAUCGCUUAUGCCAAGAUAAAGUCUGUCUACCCCUCCAAGACCAACCACAUGAUCGCCGAGACCAGCCCCGAGAGACUUGCCAACGAACCCGCCGUCAGAGGCGUGCUCGGCAGUGUCAUGAAGCUGAGGUCAUCCACCGCGUCCGGGCUUUACCAUGGCCUCCAACGCUAUGUCGACAGCAAGGAGAAGGAUUACCACCUCAAAAAGGACGUCGCCAUGGAGUACUGGCCUUUGAUCAAGGUUGUCCGCAUCUAUACAAAGGCGGAUGCCCUGUCCACUGGUGCUGUCAUCGUCGACCUGCCCGGUGUUCAGGAUUCCAACGCUGCCCGAGCAGCCGUCGCACAGCAGUACAUGAAGGCGUGUACCGGCCUCUGGAUUGUCGCCCCUAUCAACCGUGCAGUCGACGACAAGACCGCCAAGUCCCUUCUCGGAGAUUCGUUCAAACGUCAGCUCAAGUAUGAUGGCAUCUACUCGGCCGUGACCUUCAUCUGCUCCAAGACCGACGAUAUAUCGGUGACGGAGGCCGCUGAAAGCCUCAACCUGGAGUCCGCCGUCUCCGAGUCCUGGGCCAAAAUCGAUCAUCUCCGACGCCGGAUCGGCGCCCUCAGGAGACAGCUCGCCAGCGGCAGGGAGGAGAAGGCGGACCUGGUCGAUCGGCUUGACGACCUUGACGGGAGAUGGGAAGUUUGGGAUGAGCUCUCCCAGAAGCAUACCGACGGCAAGACCGUGUACCCUCCCUCAGAGAAUUCCAGGAAGCGAAAGAGAGGUGCCAUCUCUUCCAGGAGCCGCAAGAACCGUGUGUCGUCUGACUUUGACGAUAGCGACUCCGACUCGGCCUUUGACUCGGCUAGUGAUAAAGAGAACCAGCCCGAGAAUGAGGACCGAGCGCCGUUGUCGGAGGAUCAGAUCCGUGAAAUGCUCGGUGAUCUCAAAGCCCAGAGGAAGGAGAUUCGGCAUAUGAGGAAAGAAAUCGACGCCAAGCUGGGGAGAAUCCGAGAUGAAUUGAAGCCCCUCCAGUCCGAGGAAGGUCGCCUGCUCGGAACAGUCAAGGCCGUCUGUAUCCAGGGCAGAAAUGGCUACUCAAAGGGUGCCAUUCAGCGAGACUUUGCGAUGGGCAUCAAAGAAUUGGACCAGGAGAAUGCGGUCGAGGAGGACGAGGAUGCCUUUGAUCCUGAGGAGGAGAUCAGAGACUACGACGAGGUUGCCCGCAGCCUGCCCGUAUUCUGCGUUAGCAGUCGCGCUUACCAGAAGAUGAGGGGCCGGCUAGAGAAGGACGACUUCAACGAUGAUGGAUUCCGCAAUGUCAAUGAGACCGAAGUACCCCAGCUUCAGCAGCAUGCGAAGAAGCUCACCGAAGCUGGCCGCGCAGCUACCAGCCGUCAAUUCCUCAACGGCCUUAGCCAGCUUAUCAACUCCAUGAAGAUGUGGGCGUCUGAUGCAGGGCCCCAGUCUCACAUGGGUCACGGUGGCAAGAAGGAAGAGGAGGCCUUGCUUCGAAUGCAGUUGUCAAAUCUGGACGGGGCCCUCGCCAGGGCUAUUGAUGACUGCCUUGCCACGAUCAGAGGGGCCCUCUCUGAGUGCAUCUACGAGUCCUUCGGUCUGGCAACGCUUCGUGCCGCCACCGCAGCUGUUCCGACCGCAGCCGCGUGGGGGGGGCGCCGCGCUGAAGGCGGGAUGUACUGGGCCACCUACAAGGCUACAUGUCGACGUUCCGGCGUGUACUGCGGCGCCUCUGGGCCCCGGGACUUCAACGCCGAGCUGUUGGAGCCCAUCAGCAAGCAGCUCGCCAACGGGUGGGAGAGGGCGUUUCUCCGCCGCCUCCCCGCCGCGCUCGAGGCCUUCGCCGCGGAUGCCCGGCUGCUCCUGGAGGACUUCCACCGUGAUGUUGUCGAGCAUUCCGAGCAGCGCGGCAGGAACCACGGCGGCAUCGGCAUGCUCGGCCAACAGCUGCGGACGCACGUGGCGCGGCUCAGAGAGAUCCCGGGGAUGCUCCGCGCCGUCAUCCAGGACCUGCAGCGGGAGGCCAGCAGGGGGUUCCAGCCCGUGGUCGCGGCGUAGAUGGAGCCGGCUUAUGAUGGGUGUGUUCGAGAGAGAGGCCCUGGCUCCUACGCGCGCAUGAAGACGCGCAUGGCCGACCACGUCGAGGCCCAACGCCACGGGAUGUUCCCGCGCGCCACCGAGAGCGUGAGGGCGGAGCUCCAGGUGCUGUGCGAGCGCGUCGAGCAGGGCCUGCGGGCGCAGGUCCUCGAGAUCUACAACCUGCUCGCCCGCGACUACCUGGCCGUGCUCGUCGGCGCCGGGCCUACUACCGCCGGGGAGCCUGGGCGGCCCGGCCCCGAGGGCCUCCUGCGGGCCGAGAUGCUCCCGAUCCUGCACGAUGCAGGCUGGUGGUUCGCCGAUGCGUUGUCGGGCUGCGGUGGCUAUCCUUGCAAAGAUGAGUCCCCCGCUCGAGGGCUGAGCCCUUGCGCCGGUGAUGGCGAUGAGGCAGACGACGACGAUGACUCUGACGAACUUGCGGCGGCGCAACUCCACGAGGAGUUCGAAGCAGGCCUUUAUGGCCGAGACAGCGUUGGUACUGCGCUUGAGUCGGCCGUGUAAAAAGAUAUUGAAACGGAAACCAUGCCUGUUUGUCCACCUGGGUCUUUCUUAAUCAGGUCUUGCACGUGAAAGCGAUUUUGAAAGUACAUUACCAAGUCUGUGAUUGGGUUUUUAGGUGUCUUGCUAAAUCAGUCUGGCUUAAAAAGGGGUUUGUUGAUGGCUUAGUGGUGAGAGGACGCUCUGGCUUUUUGAUUUCAGCGUGAAAUGAUUCUCUCCGCCAACUGAUGGCCAGCAGGUAUGGAUAGGAUGUGACUCACUUGCCGCUCUGCCCUGACACCUCACGCGAUGUUUCCUCUCGAAUUUCUAUGCACAGAAUAUUAGUUUCAAGCGAAAUGGUCAAAUGAUGAAGUUAAAUAAUGUACUACUGUAAUCCACGAUAAAUAUAUAGUAAAUAUUAGUUAAAUCUAAUUGUUC